UUUCCUCAUUCUGCUUUCUACUGUCGGCUGUGCUGAACGUUAUUUCCGAGUUCUCUGUUGAGUGAAAAAAGAAUUGACAGGAAGGUGAAAAUUCUUAAGAGGAAGUGUAAAGGAUAUCAAACGAAGAAAGCCAUAGUCUGGUGGCAGUGUCGUGUUAUAUAACAGAUUCCCCCAAGGAGGUAAACAAAUAAAUCGGAAGACGUGAUGGAAGUAGCUAAGCCGGAGGUUAACGGUAGUCCACUGCCACAGCGGCAGCAGAAUAACUCCAAUCAGAGCACGCCACAGCAGCAGCCAGGUGGAGUCGCUGGCGGCGGCGGCGGUGGCGGUGGUCCUGGAGGUAACCCUGGUGGCAACCCAAAUCAGGGUGGUGGCCCCAACCAAGGUGGCAAUAGACAGAACCAGAACCAGAACCGCGGUGGAAAUCAGAACAAAAACCGCGGGGGAAACCAGAAUCGCUUCGGUAACCGCAAUCAAGGUGGUGGCGGCGGCGGCCCCGGUGGCGGAGGCAAUCGUCAGAAUAAUCUAGAUGGCGGAAACAACGAUGGUGGCAACCAGCAGCAGCAGCAACAACAACAGCACCAGCAGCAACAGCACCAGCGUGGCGGUCCCGGUGGCAACCGAGGAGGAAACCGUCGGAACAUGAACGAUGGUGACCAGAGCUUCGAUCGCCGUCGCAGUGGUCCGGGUGAGGGUUACUUCAUCAACGAGAAACUGCGCAUGCUGCAGGGACCACUGAUGGACAUUGCUCCGAUCGAAGCCGAGGAGAUCAAGUUCUCCGGACGCAACCGGCUGUACAUCGGCAAUCUGACCAACGAUGUGUCCGAAGAGGAGCUGGUCGAGCUAUUCAAGCCGUACGGUGAUGUUAGUGAGAUUUUCAUGAACAAGGAGAAGAACUACGCCUUCGUGCGUGUAGAUUACUUCUCGAACGCGGAGAAGGCCAAACGCGAACUGGAAGGUACGAUGCGCAAGAACCGAAUGCUGCGAGUGCGUUUCGCUCCGAAUGCCACCGCUAUUCGCGUCCGCAAUCUGACUCCAUGGGUCAGCAACGAGUUGCUGUUCAAAUCGUUCGAAGUGUUUGGUCCGGUUGAACGUGCCUCGGUGCAUGUCGAUGAGCGUGGAAAAUCUACCGGCGAGGGAAUUGUCGAGUUCAAGAACAAACCGGGAGCGAUGGUCGCCCUCCGGUACUGCUCGGAAAAAUGCUAUUUCUUGACGGCGUCCCUGCGACCGGUCAUCGUUGAACCGUACACCUAUCAGGAUGACACCGAUGGAUUACCAGAGAAAUCAAUGAACAAGAAAAUUCCAGACUUCCAAAAGGCCAGACAGCAUGGACCACGCUUUGCCGAUUUCGGUUCGUUCGAGCAUGAAUACGGUCAGCGUUGGAAGCAAAUGCACGAACUGUACAAGCAGAAGGCCGAGGCUCUGAAGCGUGAAAUGAUCAUGGAAGAGGAGAAGCUGGAAGCCCAGAUGGAGUUUGCCCGCUACGAGCACGAGACCGAGUCACUCCGAGAACAGUUGCGAAUGCGUGAACAGGACCGUGAUCGCCAGAAGGCCGAAUGGGAAAUGAAGGAACGGAUGGCCUCGGAAGCCAAGCAGCGCAAUGAAAUUCAAAUGAAGCAAAGCGUUGAGGAAAUGCAAAACCGCAUCAAGCGCACCGAUGAGGAGCUGCACCGACGCCAGCAGGAAAACAACGUCUUCAUGCAGAACCAACAGAUGGGAGGACCGGUAGGACUGAUGGACGACAAUGAUGACAGCCGUCGGCCGUUCGAUCUAAUGAACCAAGGUGCUACUGGAGGUAGCGGCGGUGGUGGUGGCGGCGGCGGCGGUGGUGCCGGCGGUGGUGGUGGUAACAACUUUGGAGGAAUGGAGGUUCGUGACUAUGAGCAUGGUCAGAAUAGACCGUCACGCUUCAACGACGAUGGCCCGCAGCAGAACCAGCAGGGAGGAGGAACCGGCGGCGGCGGUGGUGGCGGCGGCGGCGGUGGUGGUCCACAACGUAAUUCCUUCGGCGGCGGAAACCGUGCCUGGAUGAACAAUGAUCGUCGUAACAAUGAUGAUUUCCAAAGCAAGCGACGACGCUUCUAAAAUGCUAGCAAAAGUCUCACUACACCACCCACACCCCCAAACACAAACUGAUUUUACUUAGGAUGUGUGUCUCGUUGUUGAUUGCGCUCUCCGACACCCAGAGCUCGAGUACAAUGAGCAAUAGAACCAUUGUGGACAGAGGGGGUGUGUGCAUUUAUAAAGCUUUUGGAUUACAUACAUUGGAACGAUCUCGCUCGCGCGUCGCAUAUUGAGUACAACCCUUGGGCUUGGGAAAACCAGUGUAGUACAAUAAAUCCAUUGUACUUCAUCCGAGUUCCGUUUUAAACUCCUAACUCGUGGGAUGCAACAGAAUGUAACCGUUUCGUCCGUAUUUAGUUUAGUUGACAAUUUUCCAGAAAAAAAAUUCCUAUCUAUAAAAAGAUACAGUUUCUCAAAAAAUAUGGUAUAUUUAUUCUGUUAAGAAACGUGCUUCAAUUGUAUUUCUGUGUAUAAUUUUCCAAACAUGAUUUUAGUGACUGAAUUUUUUUUAUAUUUGCUUAACAGUGGGGAAAGCGGUGACCAUCGACUUGUACCAACACAGAGCUUCCCCACUUCAGAGAGCAAUCAGUAGCCCUGAUGUGUGUGCGACGCGUGUUUUGCAUAAAUGAAACACAUUUUCUUGAAACAGAAAAAAAAAACUUUGAAAUGAUUAUAUCUCUUAAAAGAACAUAUAAAUUAAUGGCAUACUUGCUAAACUUAGAGAGAAUGGAAAAACAAAACAUGAGGAUCCCUGGCAGAAGCGCGCAACCAUGUUUCGAGGUGAACCCACUGUACAAGCAUGGUCCGCAAUUCUGAUCUUUUAGCGAGUUAAAUACAUUAGUGUUAUCGUCUCAUGAAGAAUGAUCAAAUAAAAAUAACAUUGUAAACACACUUAUUCUGGAUGAGUGAACAAACAAAAACAUUAUCAGAAAAGAGAAUUACCGGAGGAGUUUUGAUUUUUGACAGCAAAAGUAAGAGAAACUUUAGUCUUGACCCCCACGGUAGAGGUCGGGCUCGUACGAAAGUAUGAGUCUUCCACCAAUUAUAUUCUACUCAUUUUACAGUAAAAAAAACACUUACGAGAAACCGUUUGUAUUUGAUGACUUAGAUGUAAACAUAUUAUUUAUAACAUUGAUUCUGAUCGGGUGAGCUCGCGCUCAUCCGGAGUGCGUCCACGCAUACGCAACAUAACAUGAUGAUGUAUUUGCAGUACUAUUUUUAAGAAAAAUUACAAUUGAUUUUCGAAUCACCCCUAGAUUGAACCUUACGUGUAAGCUUAAAGAUUGUAUCUUUUUACUACAAAUCACUGUAAUAAUAAUAAUAUAAAUGAUAUUCAUUGGAAACACUAGCCUCUGGAUCUA